CCGCUCUCUCUCUCUCUCUCUCCCUAAUCUCUGUCUCUUCUUUAUCUCUCCAACUUUCCCCUUAGAGACUCCUCUUUGCCUCUAACUAGGGUUUCUCUCUUAAAAUACAAAAAAAAACCAAUAAUUGAAGAUUUUCUUGAGGAUUUUCCAUCUCUUCUUCCUAUCAUAUAUAAGAAGAGAGAAACAAGGAAGAUCAAACCGUUCUGAUUAGUUAUCAAGGAGGCAAUUGAAAGGGGAACUAUAACAAAAAAGAUGUCGUCAUCGUAUUCCAACUAUACAAACUCACCGUGCGCUGCAUGCAAGUUCCUCCGACGGAAAUGCACUUCAGACUGCGUAUUCGCACCGUAUUUUCCGCCAGAGGAACCUACAAAGUUUGCUAACGUCCACCGGAUAUUUGGUGCAAGCAACGUCAGCAAGAUCCUUCAGGAGGUGGCGCCACACCAACGAGAAGACGCAGUGAACUCGCUUGCUUACGAGGCGGAAGCAAGGCUAAGAGAUCCAGUUUAUGGUUGCGUUGGAGCCAUCUCGGUGCUCCAAAGACAGGUCUUGGGGCUGCAAAGGGAGCUUGAGGAGACUAAUGCUGAUAUCAUGAGGUACGCUAGUAGCCUUGGUGGUGAAUCGACGUCUGUUUAUAGAGGACGGAGAGGUUAAAUAGUCAUCAUCAUCACUCUUUGAGAGAGUUAGCGGUGGAGAACUUAAAAGAGAGAGGCGGUGUAUGAAUGGGUGAUGGGGACAAUCCAUGCAUGUAUGUGUGUAAUUUAAAUUCUAUUUUCUUUUACAUGGGAGGUCAAAGGAUAUUUGUGAAUAUUUAGCAAAUAUAGUAAUGGAUAUAUGUGGUUGUCUUUGCUUAAUCAUAACGUUCAAUAAUUUGAACUAUAUUACUAAUAGUCU